AUGAAGGGCAAACUUGCCCUGAGGCUCACAAAACUGUGCCUCCAGACAUGUGACCUGUACUGGCACUAUGGAGACACCACUGGACCAAUGGCCCUGAAUCCCCCGCCGUUAAACUCUGGCAUUACUCAGGAACUCACAGCGAGCUCCUUUUCUGGGCGGGCUCUGUGCUCCCUCCCGCACUGGCAGAGGGCUGGGAACCGUGUGACCAGAGGCAGGAGCCCGAGGGUGCGGACCGCACAGGGGGCCCUGUGUGCGCCGAAAGUCUGGGAAAGCCCGGUCAGGGCCCCCGGGAGGCAGGCUAGCCACGGAGGCUACACAGGGUGCAGAAAUAAAAGAUGCAGUCCACCAGCCGCAGUGGUUGCCCACCGCUUCCUGAUUCCGCCCCUCAGGUCUCUCCGGAGCUCCUGUCUUAGCCGGCCCCCGCUGCUCACUCCCAAGUGUCCUCAGGCCCCCGGUUCAGCCACCUGCCCAUCAUGUCCUUUCUCACAGCCCCAGCUCUUCCAGAAAACGCCCUACAUGCGCCCACCACUGGACCCCAACUUCGCAGGGGCUGCUGCUCUGCUUGAACGAAACGUCCCCCCACCUGACUCAACCGAGAGCUCUGCCGGGAACCGAGGCGCCCCGCCCGGGCCAGGGGAAGGCACUGGCGCCGCGGGAGCCGAGAAAGAGGCGGAGGCGGAGAAGAAGUGGAGAAGGAAGGGGUGGCCGAGGGAGUCGCGAGAGGGAGGCGGCGCCGGCGCCGGGAUGCGGGCGAGGAGGGGUGGGGUGGAGCGGGCUGUGCCUCCGUCGGUCGGUCAGGAAGUCGGUCGGUCCGCUCAGCCCGCGCGCCGGCGUCCCCUGCCUCCAGCGCCCGCCCGCGACGGCGAUCGGGACUGGCGCCCCCUGCGCUCGCGAGCCUCGCCCCUUGCCGGGGCUCCUCGCUGGGUCCUGCCGCUCGCCCCGCCUGGCCCGGCGUGGGGCCGCCCGUUUCCGCCAGCCCGGGCGCCCGUCGCCUCGCCCGGCGCGCGCGGUCCCCGACUCUCCCUGCGCUCGCGCUCUGGCUCCCUCUCGCUCCGGUCCCAUUUAUGA